AUGACUUCAAGACUAUUGGGGUGUAGGACACCCCAGGUUGACAAAAUAUGCCGCGACAUUCAUUAUUUAGAAUUAACCGGUAUAUCUCUGCAGUUGCAGUCUUUUCUAGUCGUUUUGGAGACUUUCUUGUCCAUGCCACAGGGUUCAGAUGGCUGCAGCAAAAUUUUGUUAACCGAGGGCUUUCGCAACCUCUUUUCAUGUUCAAAUUCUCCUGUGUCUGUUUUGCGCGCUAAUACCAGUGACAUGAAACUAUUUAAAAAAAGCGGCGAUGGUUACACAGGUAAAAGCGUUCAUUGGGCAUCUUUCUUAGCGGUCAAAAACAAUAAUUGUUUUUUGGACCUAUUUGAUUUGCGACCUGAAACGUCCGAACGCUUUUGGACCAAACUGUUAUGGAACAACCUGCGCAGUGCACCGCUCUUGUUACCCUCGAGUAAUAUCAAGUCGACAUUGCUGCACUGUCUGAAACUCGUCUGCCGGACAAAGGAAGAUCUCUGA